AUGCCAGAUAAGACUCUUAGUGUCGCCCAAGAUGCCACCCAACAACAGAUCCGCAGUGCAUAUAAGAGGGAAUCACUAAAAUCCCAUCCCGAUCGAGUCCCGAUCGACUCCCCGGAACGGCCCUCACGCACACGAAAGUUCCAGGAAAUCAACGACGCCUACUUCACCUUAUCCGACCCCGCGCGUCGUCGGGAGUACGACGCUACUCGCGCACACCAGGCGGCCGAGGAAGAAGCGGACGCGGAAGUCCCUCCAACCAGCACUGGCGGUUUCCCCUGGUCUAGCUUUGGGUUUGGCGGGACCCGCGAUGACCGUAACAAUGACCAGUUUGGCUCUGUCUUUGAAGAAAUGCUGCGCGAAGAAGGCCUCGCAGAGGAGAACGAGGGAGAUGGCGGGAGGCGGACUCGCCCAACCAGGCGAUUCUGGGCAGUGGUCGGCGGUGUAAGUGGUGGCACUAUGGGCUUCAUUGUUGCCAACUUACCGGGUGCGCUGGCGGGUGCUGUUGCGGGCAAUCGUCUCGGCGCGAUCCGCGAUGCCAAGGGCAAAAGUGUUUAUGAGGUUUUCUUGGAUCUUCCAGCGCAGGAUCGGACGCGUCUCCUGGGUGAGCUUGCGGCUAAGGUUUUCCAGUCUACUAUGGGACACUGA